AUGCUUCCCGCUGAAGAGGCUGACGGCACUUCAGCUGCGCCCACCAAGCACAGCAGCCCCACCAGCGUGAUGAGCGGCCCGCAGGAGGCCCAGGACCUGGGCGAGGGCUCCCCAGAGGGUGCCGAGUCGAGCGCCGGCAGCUCGGGGGAGGCGCCAGAGGCGGCACCCACUGCCGAAGCCAGCAGCGGAGAACAAAGCACAGGGGAGGCGACCGUGAACACGCCCCCCAGCGACGAGAGCCUGGCCCAGCUGCGGGUGCUGGGGCGGCAGCUCCUGCUGGGCUGGGCAGAGGCCCUGGGCACGCUGGCCAAGCUGCCAGGCGUGGGCAGCAUGCGCGUGGAGUCGCUGGCGGCGCGGCUGCAGCAGCUGGCGCUGGAGGCGUCGCCCGUGGGCGCGGCAGCCGCCGCCGCGGCCGCCGCUGCCGUCGACGGCGGCGAAGCCGCCGCGGCCGCCUCUGGGGCGCCUGAGGCCGCGGCCGCGGGUGCGGCGCCCGACGGCGCCGCCUCUGGCCCCGGCUCGGUGGCCAGCCGCGGCGGCACGCCGCCGCCGGCUGCCACGGAGCUGGCGGGGCCUGCCUGCCACCAGCGGCAGGCUUACUCCGACCCCGUUGACAUGUUUGCCACCGCCGCCAAGUCGGCCCACCUCAGCUACCCGGAGCUGCUGCACGCCUUUGCCGCCAGCGCAGAGGGCCUGGACGAUGAGGCCCUGGCGGACUAUCUGUUCAACCUGGCCAUGCUGUGCGCUGAGCCCGCUGACAACGAGCUGGUCGUGCGCCCCGUGCUGUCGCUGCCCCAAAACUCGGAGGAGCAGCAGCAGUACCGGCGGCGGCAGGCCGCCGCCAGCAGCGCACCCGUCGACGCCAUGCUCGCCGCCAUGCACCAGCAGCAGGGCGGCGGCGGCGGCGGCGGGCCGGCCGCGGCACGCGGCGGCGGCGGCGGCAGCGGCGGUACCGGCGGCGGCGGCCUCACCCACGAGGCCAUCUGGCAGCAGAUCCUGGCGCAGCAGGCGGCGGCGCCGGGCGGGGGGCAGUACGGGCGGCUGUCGGCGGGCGGCGGCGGGCGCGCCGCCAUGCACCAAUCCCCCGCCAGAUCUAAGUCAGACAUGAUGGCGAGCUACCAGGCAGCGCUGGUGGACCCGCAGGUGCAGGGCCUGCUGCGCGGCGCCUCACAGCAGCAGCAGCAGUACCAGCAGCAGCAGCAGCAGCAGCAGCAGUACCACGCGGCGGCGGCGCUGGCGGCCCCGCUGUCCCCCACCCGCGCCCUGCACGGCGCCGGCUCCCCGCUGGCCAAGGCUGUGUCCAUGCCUGAGCGGGACCUGUGGCUGGCAGCCGCCUCUCUGGCCUCUGAGGCCGAGCAGAAGCACCAGGAGGCGGCCGCCGCCGCCGCCGCCGCCGCCUCGGCCUCCUUUAGCUUCCACCCGCAGCAGCCGCCCAGCCCCGCCUUUGGCCACAUGGUGCAGCUGGGUGGCGGCGGCGGCUCCUCCGCCGGCGGCUCGGGCCUCUGGUCCAGCAGCGCCGGCGGCAGCGGCAGCGCCGUCAGCCGCAGCGCGGGCGGCAGCGGCGGCGCCGCCAUGCGCACGCUCUCCGAUCUGUCCUACUGA